UACGGUUAUUUUCACAUUUUGGCCGAAUAGAGAAGUAAAGUAUUUCUAUUCGCUUGAUUGAUUUUUGUCUUGCCGACUGUUGUAGCUGUUUAAGUGUUUAGUAGUUAGACUUAAAUCGUCGUGUUAAUAGAAAACCAAAGUAAAGUACGUCAAGUGCGAUUCGAUUAAACUGAUAACACAGAGAAAAUGCUGACUGAUAAAAUGUGGGUUGACGUCAUCAUGUAUCACACAAUGUCAAAAUAAAUAGAAAAGAAAACCGGCUACCAUAUUGUAAAAAUUGAUAAAACGAGUUACUGACAAACCUGUAUUUUGUCAUGUAUCACAUACUGUUCACUGAUAUUGGCCAUCAAAACGACGAUUCAGCCGAUCGUUCAUAUCAUGAUUUUCAAUUAUUUUAAAAAAAGGCAAUUCAUUAUUUUGCUCAUUCAUAACGAAAACGGAAUUUGGACUAGGUAAACGGUACCUGAUGCUUGCGACCAGGGCCUUGACAUACCGUCCUAUGAAGAAGUUUACACGGUAGUACGACAAAACAGCACAGCGAUUUUUUCAGCCUGUGAUCCAACACAAUGGUCAGCUGCUUUGCUGAAGAGUUUGUUCAGAGCGUAUUUUGUCCUCAAGUGGCCGUCUUGUGCUCGGAAAAGGCACAAGAAAUAUGUCGUAAAAAUAAUUUGACCUAUUGCGAUAUGCUGAAUCCGUUUACUCUUCUCAAUGACAUAAGUUUCAAAGAUGCUAGUGGGACUUCAGUAAAUAUUCCCAAUUUCAGGAUUAAACUAUCGGAUAUGGUCUGUGAACCUGUAACAGUCAAUAAAGAAAAAAGCCGAUUAAAUAAAUCUGUAAACGUUACUGCCGAACCAAAGUGUAUCUGUGUCAAAAUUGGAAAUCACGAAUUAACUAUACCUGAGAGUACACCGUGGUUUACUAAAUGGAGAACGACAUUUCUCCAAUUGCAGCAAGUGUCUGAUCAUGAAUACACUAAACAUUUUCUAGGAUGCAUGAUGGUAAUAAGUUCAUCUGACGAAAAUGAAGUGGCAACAUUAACACAACAAGUACAACAAUCCAUUUUACCUAAUCAAAAUCAAUUUUCACCUAAAUGGUUUCAUACAACGGUACUACGUUAUUAUGUUGUUCUACAUGAAAAUACAAAUCCCGAUUUAACUGUACCAAACAAAAUUAUUGAAAAUUUGCAAUUAAAUUACGGACAUAGUAGUUGUUAUCUUCUUAGAAUAAACUCGUUACAAGAACCUAAAGUCGACUCAACUGAUAAUACAUGGGAUUACUUAAAUACUUCAUGCCACAUAGAUGAUGGUGAAGAUAAUAAGAAUACAAGUAGAGAAUUCGAAAAUAAUUUAAGUUCUAAUGAUGAUUCUUUAACACACCCCCUAAGUCCUCAAGAAUAUAGUAAAAAUAUUAAUGGAGAAACUAAAUCUGAUAGUCAAAAAAUAUAUGGUGGUUAUUUAGAUUCAAACGACUAUGACAGCAUAAAAGAAUUGACUAAACAUUUUGUUUUAAGAUCAUUAAUUCCUUAUAUCGAAUCUCAAAUACAAUCAUUAAACGAAUCGGUAGCAAAUAAAAAAGGAGUGAGUCGAUCACUCUUAAGUGCCACAAAAAGAUGGUUUAGCACUAAUAAACCCACCGCGGUUACAACUCCGCCAUCAGUGAUCUAUACCAGUGACUCACCAGAACUUCAAACCCGCCGUUUAGCCGAUUUAUAUAUGAUUCUGGGUGCUUGGUCUCUUGCAUUUCCACUAUACCAAACUGCUAAACGAGAUUUUAGUGCGGACAAUGCAUGGAUGUUAUAUAGUGGAGCAGUUGAGAUGGCGGCAUUGUGUGCUUUGCUCUGCCCAAGUGUAUGUGAUUAUCGCAAAGCUAUUGAGUAUGCCAACGAGAGUGUGUUAACAUAUUUGAAUACUUGCAGAGUGCCUCAGUUUGCUACUAGAGCUACUCUGCUAAUGUGUGAAAUGCUUGUUGGUCGAGAAAUGUAUAGCGAAGCUGCAAAAAUGUUCAUACAAAUGACUAACGAGGACUCAGACUUACGUAGUGCAAUUCUACUAGAGCAAGCAGCGUAUUCAUUUCUCAAAGCUCUAAAACCGAUAAUGUUAAGGAAAUAUGCCUUUCACAUGGUAUUAGCUGGACAUCGGUACUCAAAAGCGUUACAACGAAAGCAAUCGUUAAGUUGUUACCAACAAGCCUAUCAAGUAUUUGAAGGAGCACAUUGGACUUUAGCAGAAGAUCAUAUACAAACAGCGAUUGGUCGUCAAGCCACAUUUUUAAAAUAUAUCAAACAGGCCACGGAUGCUUAUUCUAAACUACUGGCUAGAGCAUCAAACCAACUUCCAGAACAGCAGUCGACCUUAUUGAGAGAUUAUUUGAAUAUCAAAUUGGAGUAUGCAGCCGAAAAUUCUAACUCUUCUGUCGUCGAAUUGGCUCUACCCCUUAUUGAUCAGCGAAAAAUUAAGGUGCUUUUGAACUCUGAUAGUGUCAUAACCAAAGAAUAUUCUUUUGACGAAGAUUUAUUGGACACUAGGUGGCACAAAAUGGAAGAAGAUUUGAUUACAGAAGCUCGAGGAACACCACCGUUAAUAUUUAAACCAACUCUUUCUUUUUAUGGAAACAAUUCUAUGAUUAAACAACCUGUAUUUCAAAACGAAUUAGUGCAAGUACAAAUGACACUAUCAAAUCCAUUAAAUAUAUCACUUAGUAUCGAAUACUUGUCACUGACGUGGACUUUUGAUAAAGAUUCAAAUUCAGUGGAAUCUCAAGUCCUUGAUGAACUUUUGUUAGCACCUUCGAGUACAACACAAGUCAUUCUUGGAAUGAAAAUAAAUAAUAUCGGGAUUUUAUCAAUUACUGGUGUUCAGUUUCGUUUAAUGAUCCCUUCUCUUUUGAAUGAUGAUACAGUUAAACGAUUUAUAAAUGGAUGGCAACCUUUAGACGGGUUGAGCUCAAUAAAAUUAAAUGUCCAACCUCCAACUGCCAUGUUAAAAGUUGAUUAUCUAGGAAAUCAUGUUAACACAUUCAUUGGUGAAAUGAACGUUAUACGAUUGACAUUAGAAAACAACGGAGUGCUACCUCUACACAAAAUCUUUGUUUCGACGUCCAUAAAUGAUUCCUUUUUCUCCGAAUCAGGAUUAAUAGGAAGAAAUAAAAAAAUUCUCAAUUUGCCAUUCAAAAUUCUACCUGGUUCGAAAAAGUCUGUUGAUUUUUGGUUUAACAGUCCAAAUAGAGAAUUGUUUAGUGUCGACUUACUAUUUUACUACGAACCUCAAAACGUAACAAAAAAGCAAGAAUACAGACUCUGUAGGGCCAGUUGGAAGAUGACUGCAAAACCAUGUGUUCAGUUUGCUGCAUCAGCGUUGUUAGCAAAUCAGGCAACCGAAACCUUAAAUCUAAAAACUAUUAUUCAAAAUGUAUACAAGGGAAACGAAUUUGACAAAGUGAUGCUGAAAACUGUGUUCUUGAAUAGUCCAGAUUGGAAACUAUCAAAAAAAUUGUUUCCUCAAGGCAGUAUUAAACUCUUAGAACAACAACAAUCGUGUUACUUGUUUUUACAAGCUUCUCGAACAAAGGAAAGUAAUAUAAUAUCAAAAUUAAAUUUUGAAGACGAACACACGGGGCAAUACAAUAUAUGUGAAAAAUUUGUUUCUAUCACACAACAACUUUCUACGGAAACAUCUACAUCAAAGUACGAUAGACACAAAGUUUUGCCAAAUGUGUCAAAAUGUAUCGAUUUUGUGUUAGCUGUACUGUGGCAGGUGAUAAUUAAAGAUCAUUCCAAUUAUCCUCGAAUUGUCAACGGCAUUCAUAGGGUGUAUAUAACAAAAUUUAAUUCAAUUGUUGCUUACCCCGAGACUGGUAUUUUAGAUACUUCUAAAAAUAUUGCAAAGCCAAUGGGAAAACUGAAAAUAUUUGGACCCGAUCGCAAUAUUAAUCCAUAUGACGGAACUCCAUUACCUAAUAAUAUGGUAGCUUCGUUAGAAUCACCCAUGAACAGAUUGCUCAAUGUUGCCUUUUCUCACCCGAAUGUCGUAAAUCAUUCUUUUAUUGAUAAAAAAAUUUGUAUUGUAUCUGUACUGAUAAUACUCAAGAAUUGUGUAGAGCACAAUAUCGAAGUCAAAAUUGAUGCUGAUACUAGCAGUUUAAAAUCGGAUGUGGACAGUCAGCAUUUCUGUUGGGUGGGAGUAGUCAAUCCAAAGCCUUUUUUGCUACCAGUGGCAGCGACUCAUACAAUACAAAUGCGUGCCGCUAUCGUCUCCCAAGGCUGCUACAAAGCUACAUCCAAACUCAACGUUUUUGCAAGACCACAUCCAUCCGCUCAACAUGCAUUCCUAACCCAAAUUGUUUCGUCUUCUUCCUUGUUAGUCAUCAAAGAUGCCAAGUUUGAAGUAUCUAGUUAAUAAUAUUUUUAAACUUCUUCCUUUGGUCUUGUUUGACACCUUUGUUUUUUUCACCAAGAGAAUAAUAUAUAUUUAACAUAAUUGAUAUUUAUUGUUUUAUGUAUGUAUACAGUUAUAUUAUUAUUUAUUAUUAAAGUACAUAUUG